AGAGGGGGGAACCUUGAGACCCCCUGAGUAGGGAGAACAGAGAGGGGUAAUAGUGGGACCAGGGGGUCCCCGGCACUGUGGAGGAGCAGAGCCCUGUGUCCCCCAGGAUCUCAAAGUGGGGAGCCCAGAGAGGGGGCAGUGCCACAAUUCUCGGCACCCUCAACAGCCUGGAGAGGGGGAGGGGGGACUCCUUGGACCCCCUUGUGCGCCCAAGCAGAUAAUAAGGAGAGAAGUCUGGAGAUAGACUUGGGCAGAGGGACCUUCAAACCUAAAUUGCUCAUCCCUUGUUUUUCCCCCAAGCAGGAUUUCCUAUUCUCAACCAUUGGCUGCAUAGAGAAGGAGGCUUCUGAGGAAGAUGUCCCAGGACCCCCAGGAAGGUGAGGAGGAAAGCACUGCUCCUUUCCCCUCUCUCCUGCUCCAUCUCCCAGCCCAGCAUCGCCGCGGCUGCAGGAAAACCCCGCUGCUGACGCCGUCCUGCUGGGGAUGGAUUGUGAAGAUCUCAUUCCCCUUCCCUCUGGCAUGAAGCAAAUCCCCCCCUCUCCUUGUCCUUCCUCCCCCAGACAAUGAGCUGAGGAUGGAGACCAAGGAGGACAAAUCGUCCCAACAGAACCUCAUGGAAGAGGCCGUUUUGAGCAGCUCCAGAGCACAGGAAUCCAACGAGAAGGAAAAGCCCCAGAGAUCUUGCGCAAGGAGGGGCUCCAAAUCCAGCCCAGGGUGCUCUGAGGGGAAAAGACCCACCCUGUGCCAUGAAGGCACCGAGAGCUUCAGCCAGGGCGUGGAGCUGGAGGUUCAUGAGCAGCUUCACGCUGGGGAGAAGCCCUACAAGUGCUUGGAGUGUGGGAAGAGCUUCAGCCAGAGCCACGACCUGAUCCGUCACCGGCUGAUCCACACUGGGGAAUGGCCCUACGCGUGUGGGGAAUGUGGGAAGGGCUUCAGCUGCAGCUCUGAACUGAUCUGCCACCAGCGCAUCCACACCGGGGAGAGACCCUAUGAGUGUCCUGAAUGCGGGAAGAGGUUUCAAAACAGCUCCAAUCUCCUCCUGCACCAGCGGAUUCACACAGAUGAGAGGCCCUUCCGCUGCCCUGACUGUGGGAAGGGCUUCAAGUACAACUCCACCCUCGUCACCCACCAGCGCAUCCACACUGGGGAGAGGCCCUACGAGUGUCCUGAGUGUGGGAAGAGCUUCUCCGGCAGCUCUCACUUGACACCAACGCUGCCACCGGUGAGGGAAGUCCUGUGAGUGCCCCGAGUUUGGGAAGAGCUCCGUGCGCUGCUCCACCUUCAUCCCCCAUCAGAGGACCCACGUUGGGCAGAGACCUGGUGACCCACAUUCCUGGUGAUCCCGUUGGGAUGACACCUGGCUGGUGGUCUCCACAUCCUCCUGGAUCCCUGUAAGCACCUGCAUGAGCACAGGGGCAGGAACGCCCACGCAGACUCAGAUUGACAGUGGAAAAUCUUUAGAA